AUGGAAGCCGUAAGCGCCACCACUCGUGACGGCAACGAGACAAGCUGGUCAGUUCUCAGCGUUCUACACGUGUUUCAUCUGGCCCAUGUCGCUCUCACGGUCGAUGCUGAUUCCUCUUCAUGCGUAGAGGAGAUGAGUACUGCAGAGUUGGCGGCCUGCGUUCGUCGCUUGCUUUGUAUGGGGCAGUCGCACAGCUCAAGUGUUGAUUCCCCCGCUCCCAAGCAGGAGGUAUCGGCGCCAUACGUGGCCCGGGCACUUCUUCUGCGACUGCACAGGCUUGUGGAGGCGCACGAGCGCUUCUUGGCGUGGAUGCGUACGCGCCCAAUGGUGGCGGUUACAGGGACGCCAGAUGACGCGGCAGCUGAGGACGCCUUUUUGGCAGAUGCAGCGGCCUUUCUUCACACCUUGCCGCCGCCCGAUGUACUCCAGGCAUCCGCACCUUCGCCACCGAAGACAGAGCGACGCGAGGCAUCAAGGCGGUCUUCGUACGCUCAGUUGCUCAGCGCUAAUCUGUACGCCAUCAGCACCUUCGUGGAUGUUAUGGUGGUCGCCCCGCCAGGUAAGUCGCCUCGCACACUCACCUUCUCAUCGCCGACGCUUCGCCGCGAGCUCCGUUCCCUUCCUCAGCCAAUAGAGGCGGCUGCCUUGUCGCUGCUCUACUACCUGAUAACAUUGACAGUGGAUGUAGUGGAGAGCAGCGUGCUGUGCUGCUGCCGGGUAGCAGGGUUUCACUUCGCGUACGAGGACGAAGGGAGUCUGGUGCGUUUCGCGCAGAUGUCCGUCGGCUUCCCCGCCGCGACGACGUCUGCUGUCCAACUCUCUGCUUCACCUUCAUCUUGCACCGAUGUUUCAUCUCUCCAUGCCCUGUUGUACCCAGUUCUUCAGCAAGAGGGCUCGCACUUGUUGGAGCGCCUCCUACGGUGUGAGCAACGUGAGGCUCAAUGCCUGGGCAAGACGGCUGACGCGGACCGGAUACAUCGUCGACUGCUCGCGCGACACGUGUUGCGCCGGCUCGGGCAUCUCUUUUUUCACCCUCUGCGCGCUGAUCGUACAAGCGCCGGCAUGACGAGUCACACCACCGCUGUGGCCGCAAGCGACCGCACUGACGCGGCGAUCGUCACCUGGAUGGCUGAGCAGCUGCAGCGUAUGCUUUACUUGAGCAGCCCCACGGCGGAACGUGAAAGGUCAGACGACACUUCCCAAGGCUUUUCCGCUGCGUUGGCAGGCAAGGAAUAUCGACCGUGCCGCUUCGAGGCUGAGUCUCUUGCUGAGUUACUUCGCUUGCUUAUUGCUCAGAUUGAUGCUGACUCUUCACCAUUGCCGUCAGGCGGAGCAUACGUGUGCGGCUGCUCCAACGAUUCCAUCUGCAGCAGUACUGGCAGCACCGUACGACCCACUUCCUCUACGGCAGAGGGUGUUAUAGACUUGCCAAGGAUGCUAGAAUAUCUGGUACUUUUGUCUCCAGUUAUCGAGGCCGCGCCGGCGCCGGGUAGCGGCGCUCUCGCUCGCUUUCCAGAACGAGAGGCAUUGAUGAAAGCACGCGAGUGCGUAGUGCGCUUUUCGCUGCAUGCUAGCCCCCAGUGA